AUGCGUCUCCUCGCGGCAGCAGUCCUGGUCACGACGAUGCCUGCUGCGGCCCUGAACCCCGGCGUCGCGCUAGGCAUCGAUCUGGGCACGAGUGGCGUAAGGGCAGCAGUAGUAGAAAAGAAAACAAACGGUGGCGUCGCCGUGCUCGAGGAGGCGAGCGCGGCGUGGAGCGAUGCGGAGGGCCGCCGGCCCGAGGUCUGGCUCAGCAAGCUCCGGGAAACACUCAAAGGCUGCGAUCAGCUGGCGAAGGUCGAGCGCGUCGCCGUCUCGGGCACGUCCGGCAGCUGCCUGCUCGUAGAUGCUGAUACCGGAAAGGUGACGCGCGGGCCGCUCAUGUACAACGACGCCGUCGAGCCGUCUUCACUAAUAGACGCGGCCGCGCCGCCGGGCCACUGCACGCGGUCUGCAACCUCGGCGCUCGCCAAGCUGCUGCACUGGGCGCGGGAACGGAAGCUUGAGAACGAAGUCAUCUGCCACCAGGCCGACUACGUCGCGUCGGCCCUCGCGAGCACUGAGAAGCCGGUGCUCGUUUCCGACUGGCACAACGCGCUGAAGCUUGGUUUUGACAUCGACGCGCUCGAGUGGCCGAGCUGGAUCCUGGAGCGCUGCCUCAACGCGGACGAACGAAACACGCUGACGCGGCUCCGCGUGACGCGGCCGGGAGAUGUCUGCGAGCGCGUCGUCUCCGCCGAGGCUUCGGAGGCGUGGGGCCUCCCGGCUGGCGUGGAGGUCGUCGGCGGCACGACGGACUCCAUCGCGGCCUUCGUGGCCUGCGCGACGGACAUCGACAAGGGCGCGCUGAACGUCGCGGCCGGCGACGCCGUGACGUCCCUCGGGUCCACGACGGCGCUCAAGCUCGUCAGUAAGACGCGCGUCGACGACUCGAGCGUCGGCGUCUACUCGCACCGCCUCGAGGACAACUGGCUGGUGGGUGGCGCGUCGAACGCGGGCUGCCGCGUGCUGCGGGACUUUGAGUUCACGAACGACGAAUUGGAGGCGCUCUCGAUGGGUCUCGACGCCGCAGCUACUAACACGAAGGGAAUUUACCCGCUCGUGUCAACGGGCGAGCGCUUUCCGUACAACGACGCGAGCAAAGAACCCGUCCUGCCCCCGCGCGACGGCGGCGACCGCGCGGCCGUGCUCGCGGACCUACUUGUUGGUAUUGCCGACGUCGAGCGCCUCGGCUGUGCGUCCGCGGCGUCAAUUGCCUUCGCCUUUUGAGAAUCGCGUCGACGGCGAUGGCGUCACGGUUUACACACGCAGACCUCGCGUUGAAGGAGCGCGGCGCGUCGCCUCUAAAAGCUGUGGCGACGGCGGGCGGCGGUGCGCGCAACCCUCAAUGGGCCGCGAUGCGCUCGAAUUUACUCGGCGUCGACGUGGUCCGCGCCGCGAACUCGGACGCCGCGUUCGGGGCAGCGGUGUUAGCACUGCGGGGUUAA